AAUCCGGUCAACGCGUUGCUCUCGACAGCGACAGACUACCGGCUCCAGGCAGGCAGCGGCAGCAGCAGCCACGCCCGGGCACUAAUCUAAUUCCGUCCCCGUGCAGCUGCGUCGAACAUUCGUAAGCUCACGCGGCGGCCAUCGUAGGUUUCGCGGCUGCCAGCCUGCACGCAACACAGCUAUUAUACGAGUAUAAUAAACAAGAAGAAAUCUCAAGUGACAAGUGAAGUCCAGAAGCCGCCUCGUGCCUUCGCAUCUUUACACUACACCGAAAUCGGCAGAGCAGCUAUGUACUAUCGCGUGUCAUUCCGUCACAGUUAGAGCGACGAACCCAUCGCGUGUGGCAAAAUGUGGUGGAUUCCUCAACCUGAGAAGCAGCAAGCCAGCAAUUAACAAGCGAACUGAGGCCCAACACGCUUUCGACGUGCCGUGAAUCGGGUGGACUACGCCCGAUUCCCGUCUCGCUGUCGCGGGUUCACCCCGUAGAAAGGGACCAAUAUCCUUCCCGAGUUUGUCUACGAGGGAAGAAAUCUAAGGACGAUCUCUACAGAAUCUCUUCCGAUAGCUCAAGUGGUACGACUACAGUUCAAAGGACAUCAAGUGACCCACUACAAACUGUAGUAGAUUGAAUAGCAGAGAUCUAACCCUUUUUUUCUUUUUAAGGAACUUCAUAAACAAUAAAAUCCUACUAUCUGCAUCACUUCAGCCUUCUUGAAACAACAAGAGGGACAUACUUCAUAUCAUAUAUAUAGAUGCGUGCUGGCAUGUAGAGACACUCUAGCAGCAGGACUCCCGAACUUGACCAUGCAUGGUCAGUUGGUCACUCGACACAGAUGCCACCCGCAGACAGAUAUUGUGCAUCUCAUGAUCCAUGUGCCUCGCCCUGACGACAAGGGAAGGAAUCACAUGCUUUUUUAGCUGUAACAGUGACAACCCGAGCACUCUCUCGCCCCUGUGCCUGUCAAGAUUGGGCGUUUGUCCGUCCGGAGAAAGAGACCGCAGGUUCAGCCUUAGAGCGGAAUCAGAGCGACUAUUUCUCUUUUCUGCUGGGCUCAAAGUCCAAGUCUCUUCUACUGGUUUGGGCCAUGAGCCCAUCUGCUGCCCAGUUACUGUUUCUGAAAGCCCAUGAACCACGAAUUGAAGCCCACGAAACCAUAACCAGUGAGGUCCACGGAGCGAAGGCUGCGAAUCGAAACCGAAGAGGGGGAGAUCUCUUGAAACAAACAAACGGAGCCGAGGAGGAGCCAAACCGCUCCCAUCAAACGCGCCACGCGCGGCGCGCGAGCAGAAUGCGCGACCCGACGAGCUCUCACGCCACGCCAUCCCAAUCCGAUCCAUUCCCCGUGAAAAUCUAUCGCUUCCAGCGAAUCCAAUCCGUUCCUCUCGCCAGGAGAGCUCUCGCUUUUCGCCGCCGACGGCGACGGCAACGGCAACGAGGAGGUGAAACCGUAAAGACGGUCAGAGACGGCGCGCGCAAUGAAGGCCGCCGCCGCCACCGGCGGCGGCGGCAAGGAGACCCUCGCGGCCACCCUCCUCCGCUACCUCAUCAUCUUGAUUGUUCCGUUCACCGUCCUCUACAUCCUGUACACCCUCCACGCCAUUCUCUCCUCCACGCCGUCCUGCCCACUUGAUCGCCCCAUCGUCACCUCCUCCGUUUCUCUGUCCCAACUCUCCACCACCCGCAACCACACGCCGUCGUCGUCCUCCUUGUCUACGCCGCCACCCGCCCCGGUGUCGAUGGCGGCGACGACUCUGCAGCACGUGGUGUUCGGCAUCGCGGCGUCCGCUCGGCUGUGGGAGAAGCGGAAGGAUUAUAUCAAGAUCUGGUGGCGCCCUAACGCCGGAAUGCGCGGGUUCGUGUGGAUGGAUCAGCCGGUGCGGGAGUCCGGCGUGCCAGACGGGCUGCCACCAAUCAAGAUCUCGUCGAACACCUCCGGCUUCCCUUACAAGAACCGCCGCGGCCACCGCUCCGCCAUCCGCAUCUCCCGCAUUGUCUCCGAGACGUUCCGCCUCGGCCUCUCCGGCGUGCGCUGGUACGUCAUGGGCGACGACGACACCGUCUUCCUGCCAGACAACCUCGUCGCGGUCCUCCAGAAGCUGGAUCACCGGCAGCCGUACUACAUUGGCUACCCUUCCGAGAGCCACCUGCAGAACAUCUUCUUCUCGUACGGGAUGGCGUUCGGCGGCGGCGGGUUCGCCAUCAGCCAGCCGCUGGCGGCGAGGCUGGAGCGGAUGCAGGACGCCUGCAUCCACCGGUACCCGUCGCUGUACGGGAGCGACGACCGGAUCCACGCGUGCAUGGCGGAGCUGGGCGUGCCGCUCACGAGGCACCCGGGGUUCCACCAGUACGACGUGUACGGCGACCUCCUCGGCCUCCUCGCCGCCCACCCGGUGGCGCCGCUCGUGUCGCUGCACCACCUCGACGUGGUGCGGCCGCUCUUCCCCAACGCGCGGUCGCGGCCGGCGGCUUUGCGGAGGCUGUUCGAAGGGCCGGUGGCGCUGGACUCGGCGGGGGCCGUGCAGCAGUCGAUAUGCUACGACGCGCGCAACCGGUGGACGGUGUCCGUGUCGUGGGGGUUCGUGGUGAUGGCGUCGAGGGGCAUGAUCUCGGCGCGGGAGAUGGAGCUGCCGGCGCGGACAUUUUUGAACUGGUACAAGCGCGCGGACUACAAGGCGCACGCCUUCAACACGAGGCCCCUGGCGCGCCGCCCCUGCGAGAAACCGUCGUUCUACUACCUCUCGUCGGCGCGCCGCACGGUGGCGCGCGACGGGGAGACCACCGUGACGACGUACCAGCGGUGGCGCCACCGCAAUGACAUGCGCCCGCCGUGCCGGUGGAAGAUCGCCGACCCGGACGCGCUGCUCGACACCGUGGUCGUGCUCAAGAAACCUGACCCCGGCUUAUGGGACCGGUCUCCAAUGCGAAAUUGCUGCAGGGUGCUGUCGUCUCCCAAAGGACAGGAAGGAAACAAGACGAUGACCAUAGACGUGGGUGUAUGCAAGGAUUGGGAAUUCAGCCAAGUAUAAUCCAUUAGGCGGACAGAACACAGAAGUGCAUAGGUGAUUCAUCUUUCAUCUCCUUUUCUUGUAUCCAUGUAACAGUAGGAUGACAAAGGGUCACUUCCUUAAAUAGGAAAGGCAUAUGGCACAUGUGAUCAAAACAUUAGAGUAUGGGACAUGAGAACUCUAUUUACAGUCCCAUAUACCCAUACCAAACUAGAAAAAGAGUAACCACUUUAACCUCUUCUCGCAGUAAAAUGGAGAGGGAUAGAACAGAACUGUAAUGUGCUCGCAAGUUCAAGAUUCGUAUUGCUUGACAAUGCUGGCAGCUUUCAAAAGAAUAUCUUGUUCCACUGUUGUCCAUU